AUGCUGACUGCAAGUGUUGUUUGUUUAAAGAACGGAGGAGCAGCUAACCACACUUGGUCAGGGUUUUGUGACCCCAGUGUAGUUUGUGACCCCAGCGUGGUUUGUGACCCAAGUGUAGUUUGUGACCCCGGUGUAGUUUGUGACCCCAGUGAAGUUUGUGACCCCAGUGAAGUUUGUGACCCCAGCGUGGUUUGUGACCCAAGUGUAGUUUGUGACCCCGGUGUAGUUUGUGACCCCAGUGAAGUUUCUGACCCCAGUGAAGUUUGUGACCCCGGUGUAGUUUGUGACCCUAGUGUAGUUUGUGACCCUAGUGUAGUUUAUGACCCCGGUGUAGUUUGUGACCCCAGUGAAGUUUGUGACCCCAGUGAAGUUUGUGACCCCGGUGUAGUUUGUGACCCUAGUGUAGUUUGUGACCCCGGUGUAGUUUGUGACCCUAGUGUAGUUUGUGACCCUAGUGUAGUUUGUGACCCCAGUGUAGUUUGUGACCCUAGUGUAGUGUGUGACCCCAGUGUAGUUUGUGAUCCCGGUGUAGUUUGUGACCCCGGUGUAGUUUGUGACCCCGGUGUAGUUUGUGACCCCGGUGGAGUUUGUGACCCAGGUGUAGUUUGUGACCCAGGUGUAGUUUGUGAUCCCAGUGUAGUUUGUGACCCAGGUGUAGUUUGUGACCCCAGUUAG